AUGCGAAGACAAGGCCAUCCAAGACGAAGCGUCACCUAUUCAGUGGUCGUGAAAUUCCGUCAAGAGCAUGAUCGCUUAUAUGCGGAAGCAAAACGUACAUCCGAUUAUUUGGCAGUCACAUCACAUUAUUAUUCGGUAAUGUCGCAAGUAAUUGAUGAUUAUUUCAAUGGGAAUUUCCAUUUUUCACCACCGCAAUUCAACGGACAGUCGUUUGAGGAGGCGUUGAAUGCACUGCAUUUGAAUAUUGCGAAAUGUUUGAAACUUGAUAAAGAUAAAAAAUGUCUCGAUAUCGGUUGCGGCAUUGGAACGGUAAUGAAAGAACUCUCUACGACAGGUGCAAAUUUAACGGGAUUGACAAUAGCAGCAAAUGAAGUGCACAUGGGAAAUGAAGUGUUCCGAAGUGAGAAUAUAAAGAAUUGUAAUAUAAUCGAAGGUGACUGUCACGAUAUGCCUUUCGUGAACGAUUCCUUUGAUUGUGCAUAUGCUAUUUACUCGUUGAAAUAUCUUGUGAAUUUAUUGCCCGUAAUGAGAGAGAUCAGUAGGAUACUGAAGUCGGAUGGCCUAUUGGUGAUCUAUGAUCUUUUGAAGACGAAAAAGUUUGACAAAAAUUCAAGUGAACAUCGCAGAAUUAUCGAAGGCAUUGAGUAUGCAUGUGGAAUGCCAUCACUGCACACGAGGCAAGAAAUGAUCGCUGCAGCUUCCGAAUGCAAUUUGGAGCUGAUUGAAGCAAUCGAUCUGGAUGCAUAUACAGGAUAUCCGUUUCACUAUUGUUUUUCAAACUCGAAAUUCUUCAUGUGGCUUGUUAGGUAA